UGUUUUACCGGCCAUCGGUUGUUUACAUUUUUGUUUCACCAGUUCUCCACAUUUUCGUAAUGGUUUGUUCAUUGGGUAUCGAGGGCAGCGCCAAUAAAAUUGGCAUAGGUAUUAUUCGCGAUGGAGAGGUCUUGGCCAAUGUUCGACGCACCUAUAUCACACCACCGGGUGAGGGCUUUCUACCCAAGGAAACGGCCAAGCAUCAUCGCGAAGCAAUUUUGGGUUUGGUCCGGGAGAGUCUAAAGGAGGCGCAAUUGGAACCUAAAGACUUGGAUGUCAUUUGCUAUACGAAAGGUCCCGGAAUGGCGCCACCUCUUCUGGUGGGAGCAAUAGUGGCGCGCACUCUUUCACUGUUGUGGGAGAAACCGCUGCUGGGAGUAAAUCAUUGUAUUGGUCACAUCGAAAUGGGUCGUUUCAUUACGAAAGCCCAAAAUCCAAUUGUCUUGUAUGUGAGUGGCGGGAACACGCAGGUCAUAGCUUUUUCGAAUCAAAGAUAUCGCAUAUUCGGGGAGACCAUAGACAUUGCUGUUGGUAAUUGUUUAGAUCGGUUUGCAAGGAUAAUCAAGCUGUCCAACGAUCCCAGUCCAGGAUACAACAUUGAACAGCUGGCAAAGUUAGGAACGAAAUAUAUCAAACUUCCCUAUGUGGUCAAGGGCAUGGAUGUUAGCUUCUCGGGCAUUCUUUCCCAUAUAGAAGAAUUGGCAGAGCCAAAUAAACGGAAAAACAAAAGAAAGAAGGCAACAGAUGAAAUCACAGACGAGGGAGAAGUUUCUUAUAGCAAAGAAGAUCUCUGCUAUUCUCUGCAGGAAACCAUUUUCGCCAUGCUGGUAGAGAUCACCGAAAGAGCCAUGGCCCACUGUGAAUCCCAAGAGGUGUUGAUUGUAGGAGGCGUUGGCUGUAAUGAGCGUUUGCAGGAGAUGAUGCGUAUUAUGUGCCUGGAACGUGGCGGUAAACUUUUUGCCACUGAUGAACGUUAUUGUAUAGACAAUGGCCUAAUGAUUGCCCAUGCCGGAGCUGAGAUGUUUAAGUCUGGUAUAACUAUGCCACUGGAAGAUGCCUUUGUCACUCAAAGAUAUCGCACAGAUGAGGUUUUGGUUAAGUGGCGCCAGGAUUAGCUAACCAAUAAAUGUUUUUAUUAAAUGCUAAUUUUGGAAUAUAA